AUGCAAGUGGCUGCCUGCCUCCGUUGCCCAAACGUGGCCCGGAACAGAUGCAAAUAUAACUACUUCAGAUAUCUCCGGACCAUUGGACUUUCCACGCGUUCGCGGGUCGUGUUGGCAAAGUCGAUCGUGGACAGCAGACUUUCCGCCGUCAAGAUUAUAAAAUGCAAGACACAGGUCGAGAAGAACCGGGUCUGGCAGACCAAUGACCUGGUGCGUAUAUGGCGUUCCUUGCUUUCGCCUGCCUUGCAGUCGCUACAGCGGGCAUUUUGCCACGCGGGACGGUUGUACAUGUUUUCCGAAUUUAUUGCCGGUGGAGAGCUAUCAUCUCUCCAUGAAAAGUUCCGGAGAUUUCCAAACCAUGUGGCAAGGUUUUACGCAGCCGAAGUAGCCCAGGCGCUAGGGUCUCUGCACGAGCAGGACAUUGUCUAUCGGAACAUGCACCCCGACAAUAUCAUGUUGUCGUCGCAAGGGCACGUUAAACUUGUCGGGUUUGGAUUUGCCAAGGUCUUGCGUGACACGGACUCAACACGGACGAUUUGUGGCUGUCACGACUACUUGGCCCCCGAGGUUUUGAUCUCUGAAGGGACAACCAUGGCUUCCGACUGGUGGUCCUGGGGAGUCCUCAUCUAUUUCAUGCUAGCCGGUACCAAUCCGUUUCACGAAGCGGCGCUGGACAAGCAUGGCAAUGUUAUCGAGCCGCUCCUUUACCAAAACAUCCUCCGGUGUGAGGUCAACUUUCCCCAUUGGCUAGGGGACCAAGCAGCGAGCCUCAUCCGUGCCCUCCUUGUCCGGGACCCCGCAUCGCGCCUAGGAGGGAAGACGGGCCGAGACGCCCUGCCGCUGAUCAUGGCCCAUCCAUGGUUCUCCGACGUUCUGUGGGAGACUCUACGAGACACCAAGGCUCCAUAUAUCCCUCCUGCGGAUGACACAGACAAAAACGGUGGCUCGUUGAACAAAUACGACGAGUCGGACGAUGAGCAGGAGAACGAGGAUGAUGAGAGGUAA